AUGGCUCCCCCAACGCCCGGAAUAACGAAGCGCAGGUCGCGCGUAUUUGUGCGCACCUGCCCUUCCAUAACGCACGCCACCGCUGCAAUCGCAGCAAUGAUGCCGACCGCCACACCGCCAUUCAGUGGCGCAACUCACCGGCCACCCGCUUUCCCGCUGCCCCUGCCCCAACUUCCGGGAACAGAGGCCGCGGCAAAGAGGACCUCCACGCCGCCGGAGCGGCCCCCGCCGCAGCUCCGCACGAAGAUUAGCCCGCCCGUCGCACUCUCCAUGCCCUCACUGGACAUGGAGACAUCGCCGCCGCGCACUUUCAGCUUCGCGCCCACCAACCCUUAUUCGCCGCCCUCCAUGUCCAGGCCGGACACGGAGACAACACCGCCGCGAUCAUACGCGGCGAGAGCUACGGGACUUUCCUGGUUCGCGUACGCCCCCCCGGCGGAGCGCUCGCUGAAGCUGGCGAUCCUCGGUCUGCCCGUUGACACGAACCCCACCGAACUGGAGGAGGAGCUGCGCAGCCGCGGCUUCUACCCAGAAUACAUCCGCCCCAUCCAGGGCAAAAGAGGGUGCAUCUUCUUCGUAGAAAUACGAAGAACAGCAGGAUUUCACAACAUCUACGAAACCACCGAGCUGCUGUGUAUGCCCGGAGUGAAAAUAGAGGCAUGGAGAGGACGCAAGGGGCCCUCCCAAUGUCACCGCUGCCAACAAUUUCGCCACAGCAGCCACAAUUGUCACCGGCCGAUGGCCUGUGUCCGCUGUGGCGAAAGCCACGCGGCCAAGGAUUGCCUGCGGCCCAGAGAAGUCCCAGCAACGUGUUGCAACUGCGGGGGGACUCACCCGGCCAACAGCUCUUCUUGCCCGGUCAAGUUGCGCGAGCUGCGGAAUACCAAGGCGGGUACCGCGCCUAUGACCACCGCAAGAAGAGCCCCACUGCCACCUCCACCCUCAACAGUGGACCCCAACAGCGAGCCGACCGCGCGGAGCUCGCUUAUGGCCGUGGCGAACGGCCCAGACGGGCCCAAGCCGCGCAGGCCGAAGCGCAUCCGCGCGAGGGCAAAGCCUGCCCCUGCAGCCACCAUGACUGUCGAGCCGCAGCCGACACCGACGCCGAACCAAGCGGUCGCCGCCCCCCCCGGCGGGGGGAAGAAGGCGAAGCCCCCAGCGGAAUUACCACCGGCUCCAUCCAGCGAAAAACUGGAAGUGUUGGAGCAGACGAUCCAGCUGCUCCACAACAUCCUCGCUGCCAUCCGCUCACGGACUGACCCUGUGCCCAUCAUCAGGGGCUACGCCCCGUGA